AUGGCCAACUAUCUAACCUGGAAACCCGAUCUAGGGAACCCCGAAAAGAUCAACGCCCUUCAGAAGAAGCGAUGGCGGUUUUGGGAUGACCUUGAGCCUGAAAUCAAACAUGCUGCCAGUAUCCACAGGCUGCUCCAGUGCGAAUUCGAGCUGCGGGAGUGUACGCAGCGUGAGAUGGCCCUCAAAGACAAGCUGGCGGGCUAUCAGAAGAAACUUGACACUGAAGCAGGCCUGAUUCAGGAUAUAAAGGUGGAGCUGUUACAGGAGAAUAAACGCUACUGGGAACUGGAACUACAAUGGUGGGUGGUGAGAUCUGCCUUCCAGGAAUGCCCAUUUACUCAUGGAGUCAACUUCUGGCGGUCACACCCGAGAUGGUAUAUGCAUCGUGUGCUGCGUGAAGAUUGUGCAAGGAGAGGAGGAUGCUGUAGACGAGGGUGUGGGUGCUGCUCAAAUCGCCAGAAUUGGCCAGACCGGGAAUUCGCCGCGGGCCAUUGCACUUUUGAGUGUCAUUGUUGUGAGAAUGCCAGGGGCUUUGAGCUCAGCCAGGAGAAGAAAUCCUUCUACAACCAGAUUUUUGAUCUUGGUAAGGACAAUGGGUAUUUCUACCGGAUUAGUCAUUCCUCUUUGAUGGGACUCAUUCUAUAUAACGACGACAACCCGUUUGAUCUUAUUGACGACCCUCCACCAAAUUACGAGACUUCUUCCAGGACAUCUUGA